GGCAAAUUUAGAUUUAUAGGGUGUUUUUUACUGAGGACACCUCUAGCAGUGACCUGUGCGGCAGAAGAAGCCCUGACGUGCAGACGACUGAAGAUUUGCCGGCGAGCAGGACGACAGUAAUAUAAGAGAGGUUUGGGGAUUUGUUCAACACUCGCCACCAUGAAGAUGAUCCUGACGAUUACUCUGAUGAUGACUACGCUCACUUGGGUGCAGGGAGGACCUGCAAAGAUCGAGUCGCCCUUGAACACAGAGCAUGAUGUGAAGGAGCAUUCACGUUUCCGAAGAGAAGAGUCCAAGUUUAUGAAAACCAUCAAAAAGCUAGCUGGUCGUAAUGAUUAUGAAAAAAUUUUAGACGGGGCAAACACCGCAGAACAAGAAGCUCUACAACAGCCUAACAAAGCCGGUUUAAAUCCUGACCAGCAGAAAGCCGUUUUCUUCUACACUUUAGAAAAUGACUUUGUAUAUGCACUGAACACUAAACUAAAAGAAAAGCAGGGAGCAGGAGAAUUUAGUGAUUAUGUCAAUCUGCUUAUGUCCGCUCUGCAGAAAAUUGGCAAGUGUCAACCGAAUGGAGGCACGGCGUGGCGCGUAGUGAAAGGAUCGCUUAAUCACAUCCUGGGUGAGGAUAUUAUCUGGCCAGCCUUUAGCAGCACGUCUGCCGAUAAGGAUUCAGUUCCAGACAGAGGAAGCAUCACAACACUGUACAAAAUUGAAGACGCCAGUGGGUACUGCAUUGAGAGCUAUUCAGAUUAUCCUGGCGAAAAGGAGUUCCUUAUGCCACCGAAUACUAAGCUAGAGGUCAUGGAUGGUCCUACCAUACUGAUUGAUACACGUUACGAAAAUCAGCGGCAGUAUACUCUUCGACUGAUCCGCCUUGGGACAAACGCAGCUGUGUCCAUCAGCAUGACAGUGUCAAGCGGCACUUGGAUGAUAGCCAUCAUUGUGAGCUAUAUAUCUGACGAACUGGUAUUUUGAUGUGAUGUGAAAAGUUCUGUAAAUGAAGAAUUUAAAUCAUUUUUUGUGAUCUUUUAGAUUUAGAGACG